GUCAAAAGAGCGAAGUAAAAGUGGGAAUAUAAUUCAUUGAAUACGACAGUAAAUAUUUCAGUUCAUUGAGUUCAAGUAACCAAACAAGAACGAAAAAUUAAGUGAUAACUUCUAUAUUUUUGUUCACUAUUUGAAUAAAUAUUUUUUUAUUCAUUUCUACACACAAAAAGUACACCGUACAUACAGAUAGCCACUUGUUGAAGAGAUUCAUAUUUCUUUCGUUUGAUUCGUAACUUAAAAAAAGUACAUUCCAACAAAAUGGUCAUUAAUUUUGGUGCCGGUCCGGCUAAAUUGCCCCGUGAAGUUUUCGUUGAAGUGCAGAAAGAAUUGCUAAACUAUGCAAAUACCGGUUUAAGUGUAAUGGAAAUAUCGCAUCGAUCAAAGGACUAUAUGACUUUACAUGAUGCAACCCUGCAAUCAGUUCGGGAUAUUUUGAACCUACCAGACAAUUAUAAAGUGAUACUGUUGCAAGGCGGUGCAACAGGUAUGUUUGCUGGUGUUGCGUUAAAUUUGAUCGGUCGUACUGGUACCGCCGAUUACAUUGUCACAGGCGGAUGGUCAUCGAAAGCAGCAAAAGAAGCAGCCAAGUAUGGAAAGGUUAAUUUAGUGUUGCCCAAAGUCAGCAAAUACACAACCAUUCCGGGUCAAUCCACAUGGAAUUUAGAUCCAAAUGCAUCAUAUGUGUAUUAUUGUGAUAAUGAAACUGCCGAUGGUACCGAGUUUCCAUUCAUUCCAGAAACAAAUGGCGUACCACUGGUCGUUGAUAUGUCAUCAAAUAUUUUCUCAAGACCAUUCGAUAUUACCAAAUUUGGAGUUGUUUACGCUGGUGCACAAAAGAACUUCGGUCCGGCCGGUAUAACUGUGGUUAUUGUACGUGAAGACCUUAUGAACCAUGCAUUACCAAUUACACCUGCCAUUCUUAAUUUCAAGGAGAACUUUGCCGCCAAUUCUGAAUACAACACUCCACCAACAUUUAUUAUUUAUGUUGUUGGCAAGGUUUUGGAAUGGAUAAAGAGAUCGGGUGGCAUCAAAGCAAUGUAUGAGAAUUCAAUAAAAAAAUCGAAAAUGGUAUACGAUCGCAUCGAAAAAUCGGCCGAAUUUUAUAGCUGUCCCAUCGAUAAGCCAUAUCAAAGCCGUAUGAAUGUGGUGUUUCGUGUUGGUGGAAAAACUGGUGACGAAGCAUUGGAGGCUGAAUUUUUGAAAGGUGCUCAAGCAUUGAAAAUGCUUCAACUCAAAGGGCAUCGAUCGGUUGGUGGCAUUCGGGCAUCGCUUUACAAUGCCGUCACACUUGAAGACACCGAAACACUCGUCAAUUACAUGGACGAAUUUUUGGCCAAACACAAAAAAUAAACAACAAUUUCAUGAUA